GUGCAGCACACCAGUGGACCUCAGCAUACUUGGCUCUGGAAACAGGUAUCGAACAGUGAACAGAGGACCUGAGUUCACUCUCCCGGCCUAAAGGGUACAGCAUGUCUGAUAUGCAUGACAACAUUUUCACAAAGAACCUUUUGAACUUGGCGCUUGAUGAUGCCUUGCUCCCAAGACCAUCUCAGCUCAAAGUCCCAGGACAAGGUCGACUGAACCGGUCCACCUCGUUCUUCGCACCCUCCUCCUCGCCUCCCCCCUCCAAUCUCAGUUUCAGCACUGAGCAAAUCAAUGACGAUGACAGCAGCGGCUCGCUAUGGUCAUCAAACAUCUGGAGCCAGAGCCCUAGUCUCCAAACUAAGGCAUCGCCUCUGCAGGUGCGCUCCAUGAGCCUGACCGAGUCCAGCAUCUCGCUGCUCUCCUCCUUCGGACAACUCAAGAACCUGGAAGCUUUUCCUUCCGGACCUGUCACAACUGUGGCUCCUCCGCCAGGCUUCCCCCCCGGAUCCAACCUGCCCGCCCAGGUGCCACCCAUGCUGUCCUCCAACCGUUACAAGACUGAGCUCUGCCGUGGCUUCCAGGAGACGGGCAGUUGCAAAUAUGGCAGCAAGUGCCAGUUUGCCCACGGUGAAGCGGAGUUGCGUGGAAUGUAUCGCCACCCCAAGUACAAGACGGAGCCUUGCAGAACCUUCUACAACUUUGGGUACUGCCCAUAUGGAUCUCGCUGCCACUUUAUCCACGAGGAGAAAAUCAGCGGGGGCCAACUAUCAUCCGGCAAAUUCCAGACUCAGCGCCAACCAUCUCUCAACCCGAGCAAUGGUCAGAAUCAACGCCACCAACUCCGCCAGAGUGUCAGCUUUGCGGGGUUCAUGGGCUCGUCACGGACCUCCCCUCCGCCAUCAUUCCCGACAUCCUUUACUGAUCCAAACCUGGGCUUCAGCAGGGCGGCCUCUGUGUCUCCACCUCCGGCAGAUCUGAUAUCCCCGGUGUUUGCUGACUCCCUCACACGGGAAGUAGCGGCAUUCCAGUUUGGCAACCAUCAAACCCGUGCCAGCUCUGGAGACAUCCACAACAUUCCUCUCAUCGUCGAGCCAAAAGCAUCGCGCUGCAUGUGUGGCCACGGGAACGACUUCUCUGUUUUGCACAGCAACAGUGGCAGAGGCUUUGCCAAGAUGACGGAUGGAAACCAGCAGGACAGCAGUGCCUUGUUUGCCGGUUCCAGCCACGGUGGAUCGGCGAAGCAUGCCAGUCUGCAGCGUUUCUCCUCCGAGGACUCCCUGGAAGACAGCUACAGCAGCAGCAGUGGAGGCUCCAGCGGGUCUGAGUCUCCAACUUUCGAUGGAUCGGCCACCAAGAGGCUCACUGUAUUUGAACGGCUGUCCUUGUCCGACUAAGGGAAAUUACGGAAGGGAACUGUGUCUGUCUCGUUUUUCUUCAGAACCAGAACUGAUCAGGACAAGUCAACUUUUGAUGACACGAUAACACAUAAUGUUCUUAAUCCAUGUAUGUUGACAAAGUGAUUACUCGAGCGGAUAUCAUUACAAAUUGUCACCAGGGUAGCAAAUCGGACCUUUUUAUGUGGUCUUCCGUAGAUUUUGACCAGAUCGGCAAUCUGGCUGGUUUGCAUAUUUACAACUGUGGCGAUCAAGACGGCUCAACAGUUGAGACAAUCAAUAGUGUCUUGCCUUAAAAAUUCUCCCUGCCUCACAAGACAUUGCUCCUCAGUGCCGAGAACAGUAUGUUUGAUUGCGUGACCUUCAUGAGAAAGACCUCACGUGUGUAAUUGAUGCCAUUUUAUCUGUGACAUGCACUUUACAGCAAAUUUGAGAGGGAGAAAAUUGUCUCCCGGUAGCAUUCAACCAAAGCUUCAUACUUCACUCUACUGUGUGCGUGUGUGCGUGCGUGUGCGUGCGACUGUGUGUUUGCGUGUAACAGUCUCUUUUUUUUUUUUUUUUCUGGAGACCAGGGGUGCAAGUGGAUGCAAGAUCAAAGUGUGCAACAACAGAAAACCAUAUGUCAUAUGUAAAUAGAUGACCCACUUAAACGUUUUUUUUAAUCUUUGGUGGUUUCUUAAUGUCACCCUCCUGUACGCUCCUUCUAAAAGGUCCCCUGUUUGAUUGACAACCUGGUUCAGGGACUUGAACGCAGUAUUCUUUUGGUUAUUGGUUGCCUCGCAUUGUUUAACUUAAAAGUAAUAUAUUUAUUAUGAUAUUUAUUUCUGUUUAAAUAAAAAAAAUGUAUUUUGUACUUUAUUUAUGAAGAAUUAUUCCAAGCUCUGUGAAUUACCAAUGUGAGAAAAGGGAGUUAAAAAAAAAAGAGAAUGUUAUAUUUUUAAUUGUCCAAACUUGUUGAAAUAAAUUUCUGAAUACCGUAAGGAAAUG